AAGUAAAAUAAAGGUUUUAGGGUAUAAUUAAUUGACAAAAGCGACAAAUUCAAAAUUCGCGCUAGAUUGUCGCCAUGUUAGACGCAGAUCGAAAAGAAGCCACCCGUUGGUUGGUGCUCAGCGUGGCGCUUGGCUCGGCGGGAGAAAGAAGUACAUACGUAGACACGCAGGCGCGCUCGUGGCAAUAAGGCACGUAGAGUUUCGUGUAGCUACAGAACCAUCAGUCCGUGCGGUGGCAGAGCAGAGCGUUCAGCAGUAUACGUUCGCGGGGAGCCAACGGAGAGGUGGUAAAAAGUGGCGUUUAGGUAGGGGGUAACGCAGCGAGACGGCUGAUCUUCCCUCUCCUCACCCCGAGGGAUUCUCACCUGUGACCUGGCCCCACGUGCAACAGCGCAAGAAAAUCAUCCGGCAACUAUCAGUCAAUGAAGACAAUCAAGUUGAAGAGCAGCAUCUUCGGCAAAUAUCGGUAGCGCAUGCGUGUGCUCUUUUGACGUGUCGCUUGGCUCAUCGACGAGGACGCUACCGUCCGCUUGCAAGAGAGCAAGAGUACCGUUAGCAGCAGCAGUAGCAGAGGUGAAAUGAGAAAGUCAGCGGCCGCUGCUGCUUUCGCUCAGGCACGCUAACUGAUCGACCAACUUCAUAGUUAAUUCACCAACUGCCCCUUCCCCUUCUGGCAGUGAAGCAAUGAAUUUCACGCCGUUCCCAGGCUUCACUACGGGCUCGCUGCCGACGGGCACGGUGCACCAAUUUGCCACUGCCAAGUUCGCGCAGAAUUUGACCACUGGCGGGCAAGUAGUAGGUGUGCUGUCAGGUGGCGAAGGUGGCGUACAUUAUUUGCGUCCGGUCGACCCGAAUGGUUUCACCGUUGCUCAAAGCGCCGGUAACCAGCAGCAGCAGAUCAUCACUCUACCUAUCACCGUCCCCGGCAAGGAUGGCACUCAGCAGCAGCAAACCGUGCAAAUCCAAGUGGUCAAUCCCAAUGUCUCCCAGAGCGCCAACAGCAAUGACCAACCCAAGUACAUACCCAUCUCGCUCAGCCAAUUCCCACAGGGUGCUGCCACUGUACUCACCGUGGCGUACAGUCAACAGGGCAGCGACGGCGUACAGAUACAGGUGGCACCACAAAACACCGUAGCUACCACGCAAACCUCUGAGCAGACAACUCAAAGUACAUCAACGGCAACAACGACAGCUCAACAGACUAUACAACAGACAGUGCAAUUGCCCGGAGCGCCAGAAGGUCUAACGGUGGUCGCUCAAAUACCCCACGACUUGAUUUUACGCGAGGCGAUCGAAGAGUCCAAGGAGACCGAAGUCAAGACGGAAGCUGGCACGACACCGGUCGCCCUCAUUAAGAGGGGUGGUGUCAAAGGCCAAGGUAACCAAAGUACCGAGGAAUUCAUCGCACAGAUGCAGGCGGGGACCUGGCCCAUUACCACCAACGUUACAGAUUAUAUCACGAGGUUACAAGGAGGCAGUACGCUACCUCUCACGUUACAGCACUUCCUUAAGUUCUCGGAAACGAUAAAGCGCGAAGCGAUAGUUGAAACGAGUCCUCUGGGUGCAGACGGCCUUGAAGCUACGGCAAGUACGGGUACCGACGGAACUGUCCAGAUCACAGUAGCUGGUGGUGAGACUGAAAUUAUACCCGAUGUCACCGAGGAGGUCACGGGUGAGCCUGGUGCCAAACCCAAACGUAAGAAGAAGUACAAGAAAAAGCCACCCAAGCCCAAGAAACCUAAACCAGGACAGAUGAACUUCGUCGAAUGUGCCGAAAACUCCAAAAGUAGACGUUUUAAGGUGAGUAUCGUAACGGCUUUGGACGGCACGACGUUAUUCUGUUGCCCCCAAUGCAACAUGGCAUAUCCCGAGAAGGAACUUCUCGAGCAGCAUUUAAUCGGCCAUAAGAUCGAAAGGCGGUUUAUCUGCGAUAUUUGCGGCGCAGGACUGAAACGCAAGGAACAUUUAGAAAGACAUAAACUUGGUCAUAACCCUGAUCGACCUUUUAUUUGCUCCGUUUGUAUGAAGGGCUUCAAGAGGAAAGAACAUCUGAAUUUGCACUUCGUCAUUCAUAGUGGUCAGAAGACUGAGGUGUGCACAGAGUGUGGCAAAGCUUUCUACCGCAAGGAUCAUUUGCGAAAGCACGCUCGCAGCCAUUUGGCGAAGCGAGCCAAAGAAGCUGAUCCUUUAUCGACUGGUGAUGCGGUUCAAGCUCAGCAACAAGCCCAAGCACAGCAACAGGCCGUCGCUGAGCAACAGGCACAAGCGCAACAGCAGCAACAACAACAGGAACUUCAACAGCAACAACAGCAACAGCAAGUGUCAGAGGUCCAGCAGAUUCAGAUUCAAGUAUGUUCGGAGAAGGGGAUUCCUUAUUUAACUGUGGGCCAAGGUUCUCAAGCGCAAAUACAUCAGAUUUCCGUGACUGAAGGUUCGACGGUUGUUCUACCAGCUGGUACCGACGCAGGAGCCAUCACGUUACUUCAACAUCAUACACAACAGCAACAGCAACAUUAGAAUCGUCGCUUGUGCGCGAAAAUAACGCCCGAAAGACACUAACAAACUAUGAACUGUUGAAUUGAACGCCUUCCGAUGAGAAAAAAAAAACGUGUAAUAUAAGUUCUAUCAUUUCGUUAGGCUGGGUGAUGGCUAGUUGCGUGUGCAGUCUCUACAUUAGCGACUAUAUUAUUUGGGUAUUAUCGAGUUAACGCGUGCAGUGUUGUAAUAAGAGAAUUUGUUGAUAUAGCUACGAUAUGCUGGUGAAAGCGAAACUAAUAAGUUUUGUUUGUUUAUGUUUUAUUGAUGAUUAUGUAACACGACAAUUGUAUGAAAUUUUCACAACAUUGGCUUCGAUGAGGAACUUAACUAGAUUUAAGUCAUUUCAUCUUUAGAGGCUUAUCUUUCCUACGAACACGCAUUAUGUAAGUAAGGACUGGUGGCUCUUUGUAGAAAGUCUUUUUUCAGUAUAUUUCUAUGUCAGCAAUUGUGUGUGUAACGAUAGCACACCAAGUACCAACUUUAAUAUGUACUCUAAGCAUUUUUAUUUUAUACGCUCCAUCAUUUAUGAAAUUACCUUUUUGAUGUUUAAUUUUGACACUUCGAUUUUGGUUUUGCUUUUUAAUUAAAUGCAUUAGAAAUAAAAGCAAUUUUAUUAGUCUACAAAGGAUAAUGGGCACUUGCAAACGUGCUUCUGUAAUAAAAUGAUUGAUCGAUGAGUUAAGGAAUCAUGCAAAUAAUUGGACAAAUUCUAUGAUGAAUAUAUCUCUUGCAAGUUUUUAUUCUGGAUUCCAAUAUUCUUUACAUGUGAAGAAAAGUAUUGUGACCUAACUCAUCUAUAAAUUCGUUUAAUAUUGACUACGGAGAAAAAUGGUUUUUCUAGACCAAAAGUGAUUUCUCAUUUUUCAAUUAGUGAUCACUAAAACGUAAUUUAUGACAUCAUAAAUAAGUAGCUAACUUCAAUAUGUGCUAUUAAAAUGUCUACAAUUAUAUAGGAAAAUGUAAUGCAAAACUUACCAAAAUAGAUUUUUUGAUGACAUUUAUUGCAAUUUGAUAAUUUAAAUGGCACAUUAUCUAUUUUAUAUGCUAUAUUUUUUAUAAAUAUAUUUCAUAUUACAUGAAACUGAAUGAGAAUACCUUAUUCUUUUGCGACAAAUUAUACGUUAAAAAGAGUAAAAAUUAUUGUUUAUAUCUUAUGUUUUAGAAAGUUAAAUAAAAACUAAACUCAACAGAUAUGUCUAGAGAGUAACCAAAUUUUACCCACAAAAAGCUACCUGUCUUGACUAAAAGUAUUACUAAAACAAUUUUCUUUUUUUCGGUAAAUAAAUGACACUACACAUGACUUUUCUAAUGAACGUUAUACUUUAUACUCAGAUAAGUAGUGCUAAAAUUUUCGUUUGAUCGUUACCAAUUCAUAGUAAUUCGAAAGUGCACUGUUAGUUUUUAACGCAUUGACUGCUGACUCGUGACUCAUUAAUUCAUCAUUUGUUCUCCAAAUCGGUAAACUUCUCAUUCUAUCAACAUCGUUAUUUAAUUUUCUUAAACGAUUUUUGCAUCGUCCAUAUUGAAUUAUGUGAUCUUAAAAACGUUUUCAACUUGAAUCUUAAAAGAAAGUUUGAAGUUACAAAUUUUUUAUCAUUGAAGCGCAUUUUUCAAGCGUAAUGUUCAUUGUAGCUAUAUAAUUCAUUUGACAUAUUCCUGAAUUUCUUAGAUUAUUGGAUUGAAUUUCAACAUUUAGUUGUCAAUAUCGUCAAUGCAAAAACUGAUUUGAAUGAAAGUGUACACGGUGAUGAGAAUUAUUUAAUAAAAAAAAUGAAAAAAUACGCGUUGUAGCGUAAAAUUGUUGUAGACAGUAAACAAAGUCGAACGUUCACACAUUGUAAUCAAAUACACGCGUCACUAACGUUUUAUUGAAGCGAAAUAGAGGUAAUAUGCCCUUUUUCUAUUUUUACGUCAAUACAACCCAUAACAUUAACAAUAAUAUGUAAAUCUAUGGCGUUGAAAGUUUUUAAUGCGAGGAUAAAGAUAUAAUAACAAUAUACAUUAAGAUGAAAUGUACCUAUAGCAAGUAUGUGUGUAUAUGUAUGCCUGUGUGUGUGUGUGUAUUUUUGAGAGUGACCAGGAUUCGUUAGAAAUAUCGGUCUUUGAGCUGAUUUGGUUUUAAUAUCUAACAGGAUCGUUGUGAGGGACUGAUUCAAAAUUGUAAAAUUCCAACACGAAUUGUACAGUUGAAGGUAAACAAGCACAGUUUUAUAAGUUAUUUUUCUUUUAACGUAUGUGGAAAAGAGUAAUAUGGAUGGGUAAAAUGUAGUAUUACCGAGUUUUUUUUUCAUUAGUAAUAAUUUUAAUAUUGACACAAUGUUUUUUACAGUGCAAUAUUAUAUUUUAUAAAUAAAAUAAUGUUAUGCCAUUAACGACAUCAAUCGGAGUGCGAGACAUUGCAUAUUUUAUUUAUCCAGUCAAAUUGUCGAUGAUAAUUUAUACUGAAGUUGGAACAAUGAAGGUCAUUGAUCAUUCGUAGCUAUAAAAAAUUCAAAUAUUUACUAAUAAUUUAUACAGAGUAGAAAAUUAAAUGGUAUGAAACGAACUGAUUAUAUUUUAUUGAAAUAUUACCAAUGAUUUAGACAGAGUAGAAAAUUAAAUGAUAUAAAACAAACUGGUUAUAUUUUUAAUAUUUACGUACCAGUUACUCGUAUUAUAUCAUGACAGGAACUAAACAUCACUU